GAGCUCUCCGGCCCCCUCCCCCCGCAGCCACUGAAGCACCUCGGUGCGUUGCACCGCGGGAGGCUGGGCAGCUUGCUGCACUGCUGGGCCCUGGACCCCACCCGGUGGGUGGCUGUCCGCGGCUGCUGUCGCCAGCUCUGCACUGCCGGCCCUCGCCUGCUGGCCGCCGCCGGGACCGGUGAGGUGUGGUGCCUGGCCUCCCGGCGCAUCGCCGCUCCGGGCGCUGCAGCCCGCAGUCGCCCGCCUCCCCGGGCCCUGCCCCUCCCCCGGGGAGCUGGGGGGUCGGUCUUCUCCCGCCGCCUGGCUCAGGGUUGCGGGGCAGCGGUGCGGCGCGUAGCGCGCUCCCGCAGCGGGCCCUCUGGCCUGCGUCCCCCGAGGGCAGCCUGCGCCUGGGAGGACCGGAGCAGUCUAUACCGAGCCCGGCGGGACCCGGCGGGGAGAUGAGCUUCUUCGGCUUCGGACAGAGCGUGGAGGUGGAAAUCCUGCUGAAUGAUGCGGAGAGUAGGAAGCGAGCGGAGCACAAGACCGAGGAUGGGAAGAAGGAGAAGUAUUUCCUCUUCUACGACGGGGAGACGGUCUCCGGGAAGGUGAGCCUGUCGUUGAAGAACCCCAAUAAGCGGCUGGAGCACCAGGGCAUCAAGAUCGAGUUCAUCGGGCAGAUUGAACUCUACUAUGACCGUGGGAACCAUCAUGAGUUUGUGUCUCUGGUGAAGGACUUGGCGCGGCCAGGAGAGAUUACUCAGUCACAGGCUUUUGACUUUGAGUUUACUCACGUGGAGAAGCCAUAUGAGUCCUAUACAGGGCAGAAUGUGAAGCUACGGUACUUCCUUCGAGCCACCAUUAGCCGCCGCCUCAAUGAUGUUGUCAAAGAGAUGGACAUUGUAGUUCACACACUCAGCACAUACCCGGAGCUGAACUCAUCCAUCAAGAUGGAAGUUGGGAUUGAGGACUGCCUGCACAUUGAGUUUGAAUAUAACAAAUCCAAAUACCACUUGAAAGAUGUCAUUGUAGGGAAAAUAUAUUUCCUGCUGGUGAGAAUCAAAAUCAAGCACAUGGAGAUAGACAUCAUCAAACGAGAAACAACAGGCACAGGUCCCAAUGUGUACCACGAGAAUGACACGAUAGCCAAGUAUGAAAUCAUGGACGGUGCACCAGUUCGAGGAGAGUCCAUCCCGAUCCGGCUCUUCCUGGCAGGGUAUGAGCUCACGCCCACCAUGAGGGACAUCAACAAGAAGUUCUCUGUGCGCUAUUACCUCAACCUGGUGCUGAUAGAUGAGGAGGAACGACGCUACUUUAAGCAGCAGGAAGUGGUGUUGUGGCGGAAGGGUGACAUCGUACGGAAGAGCAUGUCCCAUCAGGCAGCCAUUGCCUCACAGCGCUUCGAGGGCACAACCUCCUUGGGUGAGGUGCGGACCCCCGGCCAGCUGUCUGACAGCAACAGCAGGCAGUAGGCCCUUGGGGCCAUGAAGUUGCUGGGCUUCCACCACAGCACCCUGUCUACUAAACACCAGUGACUGGGGGAAGGGGAGGAUGGUGUGAGGCUCAACCGACCGUUACUUGCAACCUUGAAAACAAAUCAUGUUUUUGACUUAAAUUCUUUUCUCUGAAGAACCUAGGGGGCUUGGCUUGGGCAGCAGUCUCCAUGGGAUUCUGCAGUGCAGGUGGAGAUAGGGAGAGGAAAUAUUUUGGAAGCUAGUCUCUCCCCAGGGAAUGAAAGCUGUCUUUUGAGGCUGUUUCAAGCCACAGAGCAUAGCCAGAGCUCACAUCUUUGGCCCUGGUUCUCAAGCUGAGUGUGUCCCUGGGAUUCAGCUGCCAGUAAGGCCCUGGGUAGUCACGUCUUAUACUCCCCUCGACUGUCCCUGUGGUAGUGGUAGAAGUUGUUGGACCUGUCCCAUCCUAAAUUGGGGAAAGACUCAAGAUCAGGAAGCUACCUCUUGGGGAGUCUGGGACGUGGUGCUUUGAAGUUUCCACAGUCACCUCUGGCCUCUUACUUCUGGCACCAGGCACCUCCCUUCUCCAUCUUCUCUGGCUUGUCAGAAAUAUACUAGAACUGCCUGAGGGAAGGGCCUGGGACUGUCCUCUCACUUGUAAGAAAUAAUGUCUCAGAGAAGAACUGAGACCAGUGUCACACAUGGAUGCCCAGGAGGCUGAGUCCACUGAGGAAGGAAGAUCAGACAAGGCAACUGUCUGUAUUCACCACAGGACUCCACUUGGCAACCCCAAGGUCUGGGUUGUUCUAGGGAAUUAUUCUAUGUGACCCAACAAGCUGUAAGCAAAAGAGUCUGUUUCCUUUAGUAUUUAUCCUGAGAAGGGGCCAGGAUCCUUUGGCCUCCCUAAAAGUGAUCUAUUGUCACUCCUUGCCCUCCACUUAAAGGAGCUUGGUUUCAGGCACUUAGAAAUUUUGUUCUUACUCUCAACCCAAACCCUUUCAUCCUAUCUACAAGCUAAGGGAGAGCGAGAUUAGGGCCCUUGCAGAAGUCUCUGCUACCACUUCAGAAUAAUUCUCCUUGCCAAAUUAUGUCUUCAUCUUGACCAAUUCAUUGGUAUUUUUUUAAUUUAAAAACAAAUAGGAAAACUCUGGUGGAUGUUGUUACACUAGAGAAGAGGCAGUUCUUCCUGCUGCUCUGUGCUUGGGCCUGUAGUAGUAAAGGUGUUUACUAUCUUUUCUGCCUCAUCUGAGAAUGAUCAGGAAUUAUCUCCUCUUGGCUUCCCUUCCCUAUAUAGAAAGGUCAAGCAAGCAUAGAAAGACCAAACAGACCCGAUAUCCAACAAGUACAGUAUUUGGCAGUCUGUGUUCUUGGUGAUUUGGAAAGUAGAGGAUUUGUUUCCUGUGUUGUCUUUCAGUUAGUGUAGAAAAUGGGGACUCUUCCUCAGAAAUCAGUGCAAUCUUGGGCCUUGACUGGGUGGGGCUGGUGGAUCAGAGUUGGGAUAGAAGGAAAGACACUUGGGGUCACACUUGAGGUUGACUAGGGUAACAGAACAAAGGAAAAAUAAUUUUUUUUUGCCGAUGCCAGACCCCAAGUUUAGGUGUGACAUACAGUCCCCAUGGGAACAGGUUUACCCGUCCAGCUGCCCUUGGAUUAUCAAGGCUGGGCCUUAGCAUAUGAGGGAGGUAGGUUCUUGCUCUUGCCUUUUUCAGGGUAUGAGAUUAGACUCUGGUUUGCCUCCUUUUAAUAGCUAAUUGAAAGCAUUUGUCAAUUUCUCAGCCUCCAAGCUGACAAUACAAAUUUCAUUUUCCAACUUUGCUAACAUCUUAAGCCUUUCUUCUGGGAGAACUAGAAGGUAGAAUUUGCUUUGUUUCUCUCAGGAGCUGUGCACAAGCCAGGUCUUGUUUUCUCCGAUUCUGCCCCUGUUCUCUUGUCCCUGCCAACUGUGAAGGUGUGGGGAGGCUCCCAUCCCCAUCCUUUAAGGUUCCCAAACUUGGAGUGCAUAGGUACUAAACCAAGCAGUGCAACUUGUAAUUAAGAAGCUGCAGUGUUUACAUGUUUCUUAAUGUGUUGUCUUUUCAAUGGCUGUACUUUAAAAGAACAUUUGUUUUAAUAGUGUCUCUAAUUAAAGGAAGCCCCUGUGGCUUUGGAGGCAUUGUGCCCAUGGUCCACCAGA